AUGCCCAAGGAAAUUAAGGAUCUGAAGGAAUUCAUCAAGAUUGUGAGAAGAGAGCAAAAGAACCUCCCAAGUGCCAAAAAGAUCACUAUCAAGAAGAACAAGAAAAACGGCAUCACUAAGUUCAAGCUCAGAACAUCCAGAUACCUCUUCACACUCAAGGUAGAUGACAAGGUUAAGGCUGAGAAAAUCAUGCAAUCAAUCCCACCAACCCUUACCAAGGAGAACAAGAACUGA